GGGGUGAUGACGGUGGCUAUGGGGUACGCCCGGGUCGGCUGCAUACGGGUGAGGGAUUGGCUGGAUAGUGUGGGAAAGAAGACGACUGUGUACGACGUGAGUUGUGGCGAGAAAUGACGUGAGCUUGGGGACAGCUGGUGGGAAUGUGCUUUGACGUAUCUUUGCUGUCCUCUUGCGUGUGAUCCCUCCCCCUCUCCCGAUCCCCGAUCUUUCCUUCACAAACUUCCCUCGAUUUCACUCUCCUCGCACCACCGCCCUUGAUCGCCCGAUUUCCGGCUCCCGUCCCUUUCACCUACCCACUCCCUCUUCCUUCCCUCCGCGCUCCUGUCACAUAUGAUUGUUCCCUUCGCCGAACACCCGCAGAGACCGCCCAAAGAAUCCUUCCCGGGCGGUUGGUGGAAUGGGUUGACGCAUCGCUUCCCAUGGCUGAAGGACUGUGCAUGGCCCUCAAAACCCACGCAAGCCCUGAUGACCUGCGUUAACCCUGGGGUCAUGGACGCGGUUAAAAGCGCGUGGGACACCGGACGCUUCCCACACUUUUUCGAAGUGCUAUGCUUCAGUGACUUCGCCGUUCUCGCUGGGGCAUGGGAUCGCAACAAACAGGACUUCGACGAUGAGUUGGGGGCAUUGGGUGAGCGUCUUGAGUUAAGAAAGCAGGAGUAUGCCAAGGAGUGUAAAGAGCUGGUGGGAAGAUCCGCCAGGGUUGAACGGAUCCUCCUCAGGAUUUGGGGCAUAGACGACUCGCACCUAGAUGGACGAAUCCAUGAUGCACCGGAAGGAUCGACACCCGCUACGGCGGGCAAUUGGGUCACUAGAUGUGAUGAUCUUGCGAUAGAGGAUGAUGAGCGGGAGGAGAUGGAGCGUGCUAUCGCUGCCAUUGCCACCGCCAUCAGAGAUUCCCCGCUCACCAAUAACAUGUCCUCGAUCAAGAUUAGGACGUUGAUGCUGAUACACUACCUCAGAACCUCAUGGAGGGAGGGGGUGCUUGCCGCCAUUGGUUUUCACUUCAUUAGGGAUCUGAUGAUGGGUUACAUCAAAGAGCUUGAGACAGAUGCGACUCUCGACACGGAAGGACUACUGAAGGAUGAUCGUCUGUGGAACUAUUUGGUCCCCGCCCUGAUUGCACGAAUCAUGCUCCCCACACGAAUCCCUGAAAAACCCACGAGGCCUGCGGAGGUGUUCUACGAAUUCGAUGUGGCGCAAUGGAUGGAAGCCUACGAUCCGGGGCAGUGUCCGUGCAGAUCACGCAGAUACAUGGACAUGCGCAGCCAAGCCUCGAUAGAACGACUCCAGUGCGAAGGACAGUUGCACGUGAUCACACUGGACUCAUUGAUCACGGACAACCCUCUGCUCCAGGGCAUCAUUAAUGCGGGAUUGAACCACAUCCCCUGCAUGUCCCUGGACAUAGAGGAGGCGCAAAAUGAGUUGGGCGUCUUUCUCGACAAACUUAUGGCGGAGGUAAUGGAGCUUCGAGAGCUAACGACAUCCACCCGGUCCUUUCUAAGAAGAUUGAUCCUGAAGAAAGCGAAGGCAAAGAUGAUCAAAUACAAGGAGCAACAUCGGCACGUAUCCGCCGAGCCAUUCGAGCAUCCGGCGGUCAAACGGGAGGUAGAGUUCCUGACUGGACGCUUUCUCAUCUGUCCGACAGAUAAAGCUCCGAACACUCCUACAUUCGUGUGCAAAAAAUUCAUUCGGAAGCUCGCCUUUCAGAGGUUGACUGAACCUGAAUUCGUAAGCGUCGCCACCUCCCCCGCUUCUGCCAUCGCAAGAAUACAAGGUGAGCUCUCGGCCCUGCAUGUGUUACUAGCUGCCCUUGCUGCGCUCCCGUUCCUGAUGACGGUCUUCAAGGCGCAUAAGGGAAUGUUUCGAUGGAUUACGAACACUGCCGGUACCGUGGUCUCCCCUGCAGCGGAAUUGUGCACAUGCCUGCUCCGAUUUCUUCUUCCCUUGGUGGAAAUGUUUUGUGAAGAAAGAAGCCUGGAAGUGGAAGCGCGGCAUGGAGUGAAGCCAAACUUGUGGUGGGCUACAUCAUCGGUCAGAGAAUUUUGUGCGAACCUGCCAGAUAAGAUCUACUCUAUCUUCACGGUGGAUAUCACGAGGUGCUUCGAGAUGAUCCCCACGGACAGCUCGGAUGACAGCCUGUCGGCCGCCGUCAGAUUCUAUGUGCAAUGCGCGAUGCAAGUACAGAGGGAAAGAAGCUCAUGCCACUCCAUUCGGAUUCGGCUUGGGGCUAGCGGCAAGUUUUGGCCCUCAUGGGUAGACGCUGAGCAGGUGGAAGAACCAGGCUCCAUGAUAUUCAGGGAGCACGACAUUUUCUGGCUCUCGGAGUGGUGCAUUUCCAAUAGUCUUCGCGGAUGGGAGACUUCGUGUGGAAGCAGGUACAUCGACGACUUGGGCGCCAUCAACAUCACCAUCAUCAGCAGCUUCAUACGGAAGAAGGUGGACAGGGAGGACAGCGAUCCAUGUUGGAUCUACCCGGAUGAAUAUAUCGAAAUAAAGGAGAAUACUGAGGUCACCAUGGACGGAUGCGGACGGAGAGCCAAUUUUCUCAGCGCCACCAUCACGAUCACCUCACCGGAGACUGGAACUUAUAUCACUUCCAGGCAUGACAAGCGGGAGGGGCUGGGAUUUACUCCUUGCAAGUUCAUGAAGUACAAGUCCAACAGAAGCGCCAAGCAGGCGCUGCAGAUUAUUACCGCCCAGGUUGCGCAGAUCCUUCUUCUGUGCUCGGAACCGGAUGAUGCGGCCGUGCAUAUUAACAAGGUGGUGGAUGCAAUGAGGAGCAAUGGUUUCGCAGGGGACGCCUGCUGGCGCAUGAUGAUGAUGAUGUUCACGACGACGGUCGUGUUUUGGAUGUUCAUAUGCGGGUACAUGCCAGCGAUGAUGACAACUGUGAUGAUGGUGAAUCCCAUCUUCACGGUGGCGACGACGGCCACAAUUAAGAUGAUGAUGAAGAUGAUGAUGAUGAUGAUGAUGAUGAUGAUAAUGAUGAUGAAGAUGAUGGUGAUGAUGAUGAUGGUAAUGUUAAUGAUGAUGACGAUGAUGAUGAUGAUGAUGAUGAUGAUGAUGAUGAUGAUGAUGAUGGUGAUGAUAAUGAUAGUGAUGAUGACGAUGACUGAAUACUUCCAAUGGAGGAAGUGAUGAAUGGUCAUCCGAACGUUAUUCGAGCCUUGCAACGGAUGCCUUUUUGUGGUAUCGUCAAACUCUGUACUCAUUCUAUGUUCAAAUCGAGUGAUC